AACUUCCUCUGCUGUGUGCGUGCAGGCGCGUGCUGGCUGCAAGAACAGGGCUGUACAGAACACGGAGCCUGCUGUAGGCUGAAUGUAUAGUUCACACUCUGCGCAGAAAACAGAGCUUUUGCACCUGUGUUUCAUGUCUUUUGUCCUUGGGAAAGUUUUUUUCCCCAGCUUUAUGUUCCCUCCCUCCCUCUCUCCCUCCUCUACCUACUACCUCCGGACCUGGCUGUUGCGUUGUUAUCGUCCUGAAACACUUUUUUUUUAAAGAUGGGUUGCGCAAGUGAUGGGAACAGGAGGGGGAUGUUGUCUGGCUCGAGAGACUUUCCGCUUUUAAAAAAUCGCCGAACGACCUCGACUGGUGUUUUGCCGUCAACAUGUGCCAGCAUGUGACGGUCCGUAGAAACUCACGCUCUUUUAUUUUUGCGCACCUUCUCUUAUAACGAGGCGCAAUAAGGCGCAUUUACGGUCCCUCUUGCCGCCCAUUCGCCAAAAGUACAUUCAGUCCCGCAGCGUAGCGAGGAGGCGAGCGGCAGACCUGUUGCGUGUGCGCGGUUGCGUCGCGCCUCUGACCUCCUUGUUGUUCCGAACUGACUUCACACACAGGCGACGAGCCUCCAACGACGUCGCGCGUCUUCCUUUGGUUUUUAAACUCUUUAGAAAUUUUCUCUCAAAAUUACUUUGACUUCCUGCUUCGGGGAGGCGGUUUUGAUAGGCUGCGUUGGCAAUUGGUGUUUGGCGCAUUCCUGACGGAAACGAGCACCUUUGGACAUUCCCAGCGCCCUUGAGGCCGCUGCUCCAGGCUUUGAUGCCCACACACAGGUGGACAGACGCAGGCAUGAGUAACAGUGGGACCAAAGAGCCAUCUCCUCAGUCAAGUGCUGCCCAGUCACCCGAGGAGCCGCAGCGCAGGGGAAGAGGUCGCCCACGGAAACAGCAGCAGGAACCUGUUGGACCACCAACUCCAAAGCGACCGAGAGGACGACCGAAAGGCAGCAAGAACAAAGCCCCCCGAACCGCACUGAAGAAGGUAGAACCUGUGGGGGGGAGACGACCACGAGGGCGACCAAGGAAAUGGCCACGAAAAGUUGUUCCCGAAGAGCAGCAGGGCCCCUCGGAGGAGGCUGAGGAGGGUCCCUCGUCAUCUCAGGUGCCUGAAGAGGAGGAAGGGGAGUAGAUGGGAUACCUCUACCUCAGUGUUUGGCUUCAAGCAAACAAGGGGUACAAUCUGACUCCUAUCUGUGAUGGGAAAUCAGUAACUCACACACACACCUACAGCCUCAAAAAUCAUUGCAGAUUGUAGUUUCUUCUCCUGAUAUGAACAGCACCCUAGAUGUGUUGCUGCCUAAAGAGUAUUUUUUUAACUCUCUUUAAAUGUUGAUGUUGAGCAUUUGAUCAUAUGACAUUUUUAAGGUAUGGUUCCACAUUUGGGGAAUGGCAUUCACAGUCCUGGUGUUUGUCGGAUUUUAUAUGCAGACAGGUGAUAAGUUUAGUGUUCAUUCAUGUAAAACUUUUUAAAAGAUUAGUUUAUUUUUCGUUUUCUAAUAAGCCUUCAAGAGAUCCUUGAGCCUUAAAAAUGGGAUGAUUUUUCUCUUGGAGGAAAUCUCCCCAUCAUACAGUAAACACGAUCACUCAGAGCAAACCCGAUGGUGUGCUUUAACCAGACCUUAAGGGUAUUUGAAUUUAUUGAUGUGAGGUUCUCUGGAGUUAUCAGCAGUCAGUAUCUUACCUAUUACAGAUAGCGCUCUGAAUAGCGUCAGAUUGAAGAAACACAUGAAAUUCAUACAAAAAAUCUAUCUGAAUGGGUUGGUGUGUCACCUCGAUCUAAAAAGACCUAAAAUAUCAUGCAUUUUUUAUCAAAUAAAGUAAACACUAUUUUAUAUAUGUUCAGAUUGUUUUUAUUGAUUUGUACUCACUUUUCCACGAAAAUUCUAGCUAGCAUGCAUAGGUGGACCAUAGAUG